AUGUCGAAUGUAGGUCAAGUAGAAGACUCUGUCAACUCGGAGACUUUUUGGUACUGCAUUACUCAGUCGGCGUGGCCUGACGUUAUCGACAUUAUUACUCUCAUUUUGGAGAUUUCGGGCCUCCUUCUCAACAUCCUCGCGGCCAUUCUUCUGCUGCGCGUUACCGAAGGCAAUAAAGUGAGUAUUGUCCUCCUUCGAACCAUCUUCUUCAACAACAUUGUUGAUGCCAUAAUCAAGCUGUUAGGAGAUGUCACGCCGGCACGGGUUGAAUUCAGCAUUGUGGAACUAAAUUAUGCCAUCUGUGUGCUUUGGGAUUCGCGAUUCCUUUACUGGCUAUUUAAUAAAUUUUCCAUUGAAGCCUUCAUCUUCUUCGCCAUUGACAGAGCUCUCACUCUUGACGGCUCUCAAUAUGUUCGAUUUGUGCCUAUGGAAUCACGUCUCACGCUCUACCAGGCCUCUAUAUACAUCUACGGCCUGCUCAUCACCAUCCCACAAUUCUUUUCUGUCAAUUUGGAGAGAGGUGGAUGUGCAUGUGCUCCCACCACUGUGAACGUGCCCUUUCUUGCCAUCAUCUAUGCCCAUGUCUUCAUUCGCUUCGCCCUUCUCGUUGUUCUGAACGGCGCAGUUGUACUGUACAGUGCAUUUCGAGUGAUUAGAUGGGUGGAAAAGACACCUGUCAGGGAGCAGGUUGACGAACUCAACUUCCUCCACUUUAGCAAUCCCUCGGAGGCAGAAUUAAAGCGUCUGGAGCCUUGGCAUAGCUGGAAGACGCCCUCCAUGUCUAUCCUUCCAAUCGGUAUAUGCUUUAUCAUUACUUUCGGUUUUGAUGCGACCUAUCAAUUUCUCAGUGGUGCCGGAUUGACUACCUACGUGAUUGGUGGAGCUCCGCAGAAGAUGGGCACCCUCAUGCUCCUUAUAUUCACCAAUUUUGUGCCAUUGACGUUGAUGGUUGCAUUACCUCCUCACAUCCCUUCACCUCAGCUUCGUGUUGAUGGUGAGUUUGGGACUGCAAAGUAUCGGUUUGAUCUGAAUAUCUUUAAAGUUGCUAAACUUGAGCUGCUAAAGCCUGCAACGGCGAACCUUUCGCCUGCACAAAUGCAAGAGAUCUCAGAGGCUUUUUCGCUUUUCGACAAUGACAAAGACAACCGCCUUUCUCCCUACGAAUUUAAAGUAGCACUUGUAGCUCUAGGCUUUGAACUAAAGCCAGACGAAAUCAAUGAACUUCUUCAAUCUGCGGAUGUGGUGGAAGAUAAUAAGAUAUGCUUCAGAGAUUUCUUCACCAUAGUGAAAAAGCUUAUUCAAGAACGCGAUCCAAUUACCGAAAUCGUUCAAGCCUUCAAAUUGUUUGACGAAGAAGCGAGCGGUAAAAUCUCCUACCGGACCCUUAAGAAGAUUGCAAAGGAAUUGGGAGAAAAUCUAUCUGACGAUGAACUUCAUGUCAUGAUAGACGAAUUUGACAGGGAUGGGGACAGAUCGAUUAGUCUGGAGGAGUUCAUGAACAUAUUGAGCGACUGA